AACUUGGGGCAAUUGUUGAUUUUCAUCUCUCCCUUCCUAACUUUUAAAAACUCUUCUCUAAAGGUUAUCAACUGGCAAACUUCUCUUCACAUUCCCCCUCAAGCUAAGCUGAGUCCUGAAGCCUCUGACCUCAUCAUCAAACUCUGCCGAGGACCAGAAGAUCGCCUAGGCAAGAAUGGUGCUGACGAAAUAAAGGCUCACCCAUUCUUUAAAACCAUUGAUUUCUCCAGUGAUCUGAGACAGCAGUCUGCCUCAUAUAUCCCCAAAAUCACACACCCAACAGAUACGUCCAAUUUUGACCCUGUUGAUCCUGAUAAGUUGUGGAGUGAUGAUAAUGAGGAAGAAAAUAUCAAUGACACUCUGAACGGCUGGUAUAAAAACGGAAAGCACCCCGAACAUGCUUUCUAUGAGUUUACCUUUCGGAGGUUUUUUGAUGACAAUGGCUACCCAUACAAUUAUCCAAAGCCUAUUGAAUAUGAAUACAUUAAUUCACAAGGCUCUGAGCAACAGUCUGAUGAAGAUGAUCAACACGCAGGCUCAGAUGUAAAAAACCAUGAUCUAGUAUAUGUUUAAUAGACUAGGAGAUAAUUGUAAGAAUUUGCAGAAAGACCUGAAAUGCAGGGGUUUUUUAGGUUUUGAGAAGAUUAUGCAAAUGUGACAGAGUUUGUGUGCUCUGUAUACAAUAUUUUAUUUUCCUAAAUUAGGGGAAAUUGUUUUAAAAUGUUAAUUUAUUCCACCCUUUUAAUUCAGUAAUUUAGAGUAAAUUGUUAUAAGGAAAGUAAAUUAUGAGCUGAGUAUUAUAGUCAGUUCUUGGUACUUAAAGUACUUAAAAAAUACUGCUCUGUCUAAAAAGAGAAACCUGGUAUCUAUUUGUAUAUAUGCUAAAUAAUUUAAAAUUCAAGAGUUUUUGAAAAGUUUUAUCUUGCUUUAACCAAAUAUGAAACAUAUCCAUAUUUCCCCUGUAACUUUGGUUUUAGUUCACAAUAAGCUAAAUAAAGUAAGCUAUCAUUUCAGAAGGUGUACCUAGGCUAAUGCUAAUCUGGAAAUCAUAUCCUGGAAUCACGAAUACAGAGCAGAAAAAAAUGAGUUCACUAGAAAUAAUGCAGUUUACCCCUUCCCUCCACAAAAAUCUUUAACCUAGCAUUUCCUCUCAAUUACUGACUUUAAAAGAAGUCAGGGCACUACUAGUUUGUUUCCAUGUUGGUAUUAAUGCUGCUUCCAGUUUUAAAAGGGAACAAAGUUGCCAUAAAUCAAAUUUUUAAAUACUGAAAACUAAGAUCUGUAAUAUUUUUAUCUUAAAAUUAGAAGAAAAAUUUCCAUCUCCUAAUCAAAGAAAUUAGUUUCAGUUUGUAAAAUGUUGAUUAGAAUUUAUUUGUAUGGACUCACUAAGAAAGUACUUUCCCAGGGGCUGGGGAUAUAACUUAGUGGUAGAGCACUUGCCUAACAUACACAAAGCCCUGGGUUCAAUCCCCAGCACCGCUGUCCCCCAAAGGUACCUUGGCUGUACAGCGACUAAUCUUGAUUGUGUCGUCAAUGCUGUAGAUUUCCUCUUUCAGAAUAGUGCUACAAUGCAAGUCACUGGCACAGGAAAAUGUUUCUAUUGGCACUAUUAUACCUAAGAGUAGAUUAAUUGGUUAAAAAGAAUUAUUAACUCCUAAUUGGGAUGACCAUUCCUAAUUAGAAGAAGAUAUAUAGUGGUUUAGAAAUUGAAGACUUCCUAACUUAUUUAAGAUUAAUGUGCCUAUUUAUAUAAUGUUUAGGUUCUAAGGAAGAAUUGUGGCUUCAUAACAAAAUGAAUAGUAACAUCUUUUAGAAAGAAGAAUUGGGCUGUAUUCUGACCCUAGUAAAGUCUGUAUGUUAUUUCCUUUUCUCUUAAGUUUACUGACAUGAAUUGCUUUAUCAGACUCAUUGUUUGUGGAUAGGAAUGAAAUUUACCUAUCUAGCUUUCUUGUAAAAGACAAUUUGUUUGAAACCAUGUGUAUAAUAAAAUUAAAGUCAGUUAUUUGGUUGAAUUGAGGAAAGAAAAAAUUAUUAGGUUAUUAGCUUACAUUUGCAUGUCCAGUUUAGAACCUGUUGCAGUGUAAGGGUGGGCCUUUGGGGUCUCUGGUUCUUUUGAAAUGGAAGCUUUGUGAACUCUAGCCCUAGUGAAAAAGUGCAUGUCAACACAUACACAGAAAGUGUUGCAUGCACUUCCAGGGGUCCCUGAAUAUGAUUAAAAAAAAAAAAAAUCCUUAGACAACAGAUUAAAGACCUGCAUCCUGUAAGUAAAUUGCUACAUUAAACUGAAAACUCUUAAUUUAUUGCACAGUCCUAGAUGAGCACAUUUUGUAAAAACAAUGAUGAUCUGUCAUUGGAAAGGUUUCUAGAGCACGAUGUGAUGACCCUGUGAAUGCUGGCACAACACUGACAUGUUCUAAACACUGUUUUUGAGGGCACUACAAUGUCUAGUGUUAUUGUAAGAGAAUGUGCUAUCAUGAAACAGCCUUUAAAUCAUGGGCAUUGGAAUAGUCUGUAAACUCCUAUGCAAAACAUACUUACUCAAGAAUUUUUUACUUGGUCCCCACAUUUGAGCUUUCUCACUCAAAUUUACAUUUUCAUUUAGUGGUUUUACUCAUGGAUUAUGGUGCAAUACAGUAGAAAAUCAACUUCAUCAUGUUCACACUGCAGAAAAACAAAGGUGCUGUCUUUCCCCUUCCAUGACCAUGUCUCCUCAGAAUAUAAAGACCACAAAUUCUGUGUUCUUCUGAACGCCUCUGACAGUAUAAGUGUCUAAUAUUUGCUGGAGGCAGUAUACAAGCAUUGGUAUCUGUGAUUUUAGUAUUUUAUCCACAAUUUUAAUAUUUUGGAUACUCAUAUUGGCUAUUUUAUUCCCUGACUACAUCCAGUUUUUCCAGCCUGAAGCUGGUGCUUUCUGAGCAGCAAUGAGAACAGUAUAAAACCUGGACACUCAACUGCAGCAAGGUGAAGACGCUGUUCUCCAUGCUGUCCCAGAAAACUGGCUGUCUGUGUACUUGCCCCUUUAAUGCGGAUCAAUAGUAUUUAUAAAAUGCGUUCUAUAAUUAUGUAUUGUACAUACUGUUGUGUAUUCAGUGACGUCCUGAGGCAGGCCCUGUUGCUGUAUCUGACCUACCUUCCUAUUUGUAAUAGAAACUAUAGAAUGUAUGACUAAGAAGUCACUUUGAGAUUGACUUUUUUAAAAAGUUAUUUCCUUCUGCUGUUGAGAAGUGCAAAACUGUGAGUGGAAAUGUUUAUUCUGACUUAAUAAUACGUUAGAAAUUAGAAACACAGUGGGAGGAGUUUUAGAUAUGCUGCUGCUGUUACCCAAGGUACUUUAGAAAUUUUUCUUUAAUAAACAAAAUAUCCCUUUGAUAUUUAAAGUGAAACAGUCUUUUUGUUUUUUAAUCUAAAAUAAAACGUAAUUUGGGUCAACAUUGGUAUAUUUAUAAAGUGCCUUAGUUAUAUUCCUUUGUGGAGGGCACUUCCCAGUUUACUUUUAUAUUGUAUUAUGUAUAUAAGUAUUUUGUAUUAAAGUGGAAUCAAUGGCAACACUACCAUUUUAUAAAAUAAUGCUUUGCUAGAAAAAAGAAUUACAGCUUUGCAAUAUAACAACGGUUUUGCAUAUUUCUGAAUGUAAUAGAACAAAUAAUCAGUCUGAAUGAAUCUAUUUGUAUUUUCCCAAUCAUUUCCACUAGUGUAACAUUUGCUGGGAUAAUAAAAAAGAAAAAAAGCAAAA